CAGAAGUAUUUUGACAUCUAAGGCCAGUAGGGAGGAAAGUCUUCCGAAUCUCGAAUCUUAGAAAAUGGAACAACCUAUUAUUUCGUGUAUACAAAAAGUUAUUUUAUAUGAAACUAAGGCAAGGUUUUACAUUGUGGGAUCCAACUCAACAGAGAGCCGAUUUCGAGUUUUGAAAAUUGAUCGAACAGAACCAAAGGAACUGGCCAUCCACGAUGACAAGGUUGAAUACAAUAAAAUGGAAGUGAGGAAUCUCUUGACCAUGAUAAAAUCUGGUAACACAACUAAAGAGAGCAAAAAGACAGACUCGGCCCUCAUCAAAACGGUGUCAGCUUUUGGUAUAGCAGGAUUUGUGAGGUUCCUGGAGGGGUAUUAUGUCAUUUUGAUCACCAAGCGACGUAAAGUUUCCCUGAUUGGCCCCCAUGUUGUGUACAAGAUAGAAGAUACUACAAUGAUGUACAUCCCUAAUGACACAGUACGACAGGCGCAUCACGAGGAAAGCAAGUAUGUGAAGAUGUUUCAAAGUGUGGAUAUGUCAGACAAUUUUUACUUCAGCUACAGUUAUGACCUGACUCACCGUUUGCAGUACAACAUGACCCCCACACUCUCUCCAGAAGUACCACAACACGGACCGUCACCAUCAACGACAGUGUACGGAGUGAGGACAAAACCAACCGAGAAGUACGUCUGGAAUUCCUAUCUCCUACAGAAGUAUAGAGAGGUUGUACAUCCGGACUGGCUCUUGUUUCUAAUCCACGGAUUUGUGGAUCAAAAGAAUAUAAGUGUCUAUGGAAAAUCCCUAUACCUGACACUGAUUGCUAGACGAUCUAAUAAAUUUGCAGGAACUAGAUUUUUGAAACGAGGAGCUAACUGUGAUGGUUACGUCGCCAAUGAAGUGGAAACUGAGCAGAUUGUGAUUGACAGCUCAGUGACCUUUCUGGAGAAGACGAGUGUGACAUCGUUCGUACAGAUCAGGGGAUCGAUUCCUCUGUACUGGUCACAGGAUGUCACAAAGAUGGUCCCCAAACCUCCAAUCAUGUUGGACCAAAGCGAUCCCUACGCUGGAGCAGCGGGUCUCCAUUUUAACCAGAUGUUAAAAAGAUAUGGCUCGCCCAUCAUCAUUUUAAACUUAGUCAAGAGAAGAGAGAGGAGACGCCACGAGAGUAUUUUGACAGGAGAAUACAAAUCUACCAUUUCAUAUCUGAAUCAGUUUCUGCCGCCAGAGCACUGGAUUCGCUAUAUGGGGUUUGAUAUGGCCCACAUCAGUAAAAGUAAAACCAAGAACGUGUUGGUGCGGUUGUCCCAGAUUGCCAAGAAAUGUGUCAGACAAACGGGGUUCUUUGUUCACAAGCCAAGACCAGUCAUUAAGGAAUUUUGGGAAGCACCUGAGUACCGAGGAUUCCAAGGUCAGAAGACUUCCUGGGGGUGUCGACAGUCCGGUGUGAUUCGUACUAACUGUGUUGACUGUCUGGACAGAACCAACACGGCUCAGUUUGCUAUAGGGAGGUGUGUGCUGGGAUAUCAGUUGUUUACUCUUGGUGUUGUCUCCAGUCCUGACCUAGAGUUUGACACAGACUGCCUCAAAAAAUCUCAUUACGAUUUUAUAGAUCUAAUGCUGGAGCAGUUGUAUGAAGCCCAUGGUGACACGAUUGCCCUGCAGUAUGGAGGAUCCCAACUGGUGCACAGAAUCGAGGGGUACAGGAAGAUUGCUCCCUGGACCUCUCAUUCCAAGGACAUCAUGCACACUCUGUCACGAUACUACAGCAAUACUUUCUCAGAUCUAGAGAAGCAGAUUGCUACCAACAUUUUCCUGGGCCUAUACUCACCAGCAGAAGGGAAGGCUAACAUCUGGGAGCUUCCUACCGACUUCUACCUCCACAAUAAAGAUGUCAGAGCAAUACUGGAGUAUUUACGUUACAGUUCCAGUCAGUGGUGGGAGGUGCCGGUGUACAGAUCCUUACCCCUUUCCUAUGAAGAAGAACAGAAGUCAAAUGAAUGUACCAUUGUUACCAUGGCAGCCAACGAGGAGUGUUUGGAUCACUAUCGAGACUACUACAGGACCAGUGAAUUUACCUCCAUCCACGAUCUCUUCCCGUACUCCAUGUCACACUCUGUCAGAGACUACAAGCCUAAGGCUGCUAAAGACGACAGUCCUUUCACCUUGCGAGUUCCUUCAGAAACCAAGGACACCAACAGAUCUGUCAUGUAUCAUCGUGUUAGUAGUCGAACUAUGCUCUUCAUGUCCGAAAGCCAAGAAAUAAACCCUAACAUCUCAGGGAAGGACUCCACAUCAUCACAGACGUCCACUGGGUCCAGCGAGAGCGAUAGCGAGAGUUCGGACGUCGACGGAACCAGUGUGACCGACACAACAGAGGACUCUGACAGUGAUGUCAAUCUAAAGGGAAGGAGCCAGAUUUCAAGGCGGCGAUUCACUGCCGUCAGUCAGGAGUAUGGACCAGAACUCCACAAGUACGCACCCAACCACAAGGACACGUGGAUGUAUGAAAGAUAUGUGAGGAUCAGUGACGUCUGUCAGACUCCUCCAAAGAAUGAGAAACGGGGCGUGACUCCAGGCAGUAUUAUAGAGAAUUUAGUGUACCCCAAGGGUGUGUUUAAGCUUGGCAGUAGCUACGGUGUAGAACCUCCCCCAGUGAACAAACAGGACCAGGAUAUUUAUAACCAUUCUAUUCUAAUUGGUUCCCGUGGUGCAAGAGAACCAAACAAAAAGGAUAUCCAGUUCUACAACAAAUACCUCAACAAAUUCCACUGAUUGUGUGCUUCCAGUUCUACAACAAAUACCUCAACAAAUUCCACUGAUUGUGUGCUGAAAGGAUAGAAGAGGCAAAACACAUCUCCUGCAUACAUACAGUGUACAUGUAGAGAUGAGAAAUACGUAGUGUACAUGUAGUAUCAUAUUGAGAUGAGAAAUACGUACAGUGUACAUGUAGUAUCGUAUUGAGAUGAGAAAUACGUACAAUGUACAUGUAGUAUCAUAUUGAGAUGAGAAAUACGUACAAUGUACAUGUAGUAUCAUAUUGUCAUGAGAUGAGAAAUACGUACAGUGUACAUGUAGUGUAUCGUAUUGAGAUGAGAAAUACAUACAGUGUACAUGUAGAGAUGAGAAAUAUGUAGUGUACAUGUAGUAUCAUAUUGAGAUGAGAAAUACGUACAGUGUACAUGUAGUGUAUCGUAUUGAGAUGAGAAAUACGUACAAUGUACAUGUAGAAUCAUAUUGAGAUGAGAAAUACGUACAGUGUACAUGUAGUAUCAUAUUGAGAUGAGAAAUAUGUACAGUGUACAUGUAGUAUCAUAUUGAGAUGAGAAAUACGUAGUGUACAUGUAGUAUCAUAUUGAGAUGAGAAAUACGUACAAUGUACAUGUAGUAUCAUAUUGAGAUGAGAAAUACGUACAAUGUACAUGUAGUAUCAUAUUGAGAUGAGAAAUACGUACAAUGUACAUGUAGUAUCAUAUUGAGAUGAGAAAUAUGUACAGUGUACAUGUAGUAUCGUAUUGAGAUGAGAAACUUACAGUUUCAAAAUGUGACAAAAGUGAUAUGAUGUUUCCAUCUCUGCUGUUCAAUUUUCUUAAUAUAUGUAUGUACAAUAAUAUAAAUAGAGAUUUCCAUAAUUUAGUGCAACCAUAGAUUAAGUCUCUUGUUUUGCUGUUAAAGUUGCUAAAUUAAGAAGCCAAAGUACAUUGUAAGUAUAUACCCUGCAUAUAAUACUUCAUGCUCAGAAGAAAAGUUUGAAACAAUGAGAAGGAAAGCAGUGUUAUUAACUAAAAAGAUCUUAUCAACAAAAGCAUAGGUCAUUCUGAAAGAAUACAUCACUAAUGUUAUAAAUAUAUUCACGAAAUAAAUUUCUUUUUCGAAAAUACACGAGGGAAUGCACCAUCAUGCGGACAUAUACUUCCCUGGUGUGAAGCGGUGCAAUUCACACCAUCAUGUAUUUUCAAAGCUAAAAUUUUAUUUCUUUUAUUUGUAUUAAACUUUAAUUGCUGUUGGAAUUCCCAGCUGUUAAAUUGUACAACUGCAGAGUGCAUUCAUGAGGAUUUAUCGCAAUUCACCUUUGAAUUAGAACGCUUUGGCCGAUAUAGUAUUGCGUUGUGUGACGACACAAUUGAAUCUGUUUGUAAUACAAUUGCGAAAUGCAACAGAAACUCUCAUUGGUCCAUAUGUAUAAGUCCGCCCAAAUUCCCUAAUACGGGAGUAGUCAGCAUUUGAAAACAUGACGGCCAGAUGCUAGAUGGAAAAAAAAACUUCAAAGGAAGAAAGAGAAAAAGUUGUAUUCUUGUGUUGUUGUCUCAUAAAUUUAAUAUAAAAAAAAUUCCUAAGAUAUUUUCCUACUAUACUUGUGUCCAAACAUACCUUCAAAUAUUUAUUAAAGCCCCAUACGACCCAAAAACUCGAUCACAGCUUUUGAUGAUUUCGUUCGUAGACGUAGCCAUGUUGGUAGCCAGUCAAUUCGAAUCCCGGUUCAAUUCCAUAUUGGCACAAUAGCGUCUAGAUGUGUACUAAUACCCCACAAAUAUUUUAGCUAAAUUGAUUAAAUAAUAUACCACCCCAGUCCUAUUAAAUGAUAAUUAUUCAAAUAGCUAAACUCACGGCAUUAGUCAUGAGCGGCCGCGCCGACCGGUCUCCAUCUAAUGGGCUUAUGUAGCAUUUUCGUUCAUAUAGAGCUUAUUUUACCUUUACAAAAACUGGUACAAAAAUGUUUGAAUUUCUAUUAAUGUUGAUAAUAAAUGAAGAGCGAAUACAUAACUUACAACCGGUUUUAUGAAUAGAUACCAAUAGCAAGAGUUCGAAUUGACCGGCUACGUCAACAUACGAAAUUAUUUGAAGCUGCGAGUUUUCGGGUGGUGUGUGGCUUUAAUGAAUAUUUGAAGGUAUGUUUGGACGCAAGUAUAUAGUAGGAAAAUAUGUUAAGAUUUUUUUUAUAUUGAGUUUAUGAGACAGCAACACAAGAAUACUCCGAUUUCAGGCCUCAACCGUCCGCAGCUUUUUGUGACCCGUAAAUGGAAGGUUUUUAUAAGAAGUGGAUCUUUUCAGAGAGCUAUGUACAGUUCUCCAGCAACACUGAAUCAGCUCGAGAAAGUGGGCGGGCUGUAAUCGGCCAAUGAAAACUCUUGUUGUAUUACAUCAAACAUGUCAUUCAAAUUGUUCAAUCGUCUCAUUCAAUUGUGUCGUCACACAACGCAAUACUAUAUCGGGUAAAGCGUUCUAAUUCAAAGGUGAAUUGCGAUAAAUGGCCACAUGAAUCUUUAUGAUUUAUAGAUCUAUAUAUCGAAGGCAAAAACAUUGGAAAUAUAAAUAUUUCACAAUGCAUCAUUACAUGUAGUACAUGUAUAUGAAAGAAUUAUUUACACCAUGGUGCAAUAAAAAUUAUUUCUGGUUAAACAUGUGCAAUAUUGUCCAUUAUUGUUUCCAAAUGGAAGAUUUUCUUUUGUAUUUAUGCUUGACCAAAAAAUACGUAACAAUAAAAUAUUUAUUUUUUUUAAAA